AUGUCGUUCCAAACUACCCCAGCAUCGUCCAUGGUGGACAAUGAGAAGCCUGUAUCACCAACGUCUAUCAGCAAGAACAAUGAUCCUGUUCAUAACACCACAGAAGCAGCAGCAUUGCCAGUAGUCGACGACCACCAACCGCAGCCCGCCGACAUCGAGAAAGGCCCCGGUGCACCCUCUGGCCCACCACCCGGAGCCUUCAACCCUCGCGACAACCCUGAUGGCGGCCGCGAAGCCUGGCUAUGCGCUCUAGGCGGCUUCUGCAUCCUCUUCUGCUCCUUCGGCUGGAUCAACGCCGUAGGAGUAUUUCAAGCAUACUACCAGACCCAUCAACUCUCCUCCUACGCCCCUAGUACCGUAUCGUGGAUCUCCUCGCUGGAACUCUUCUUCAUGUUCGGCGGCGGGCCGAUAAUCGGGAAGCUGUAUGAUAAUUAUGGACCGAGAUGGUUGUUGAUCGUGGGCACGUUCAUGCAUGUGUUUGGGAUCAUGAUGACGAGUUUGUGCACGGAGUAUUAUCAGUUUAUCCUGGCGCAGGGGAUCUGUUCGCCAAUUGGAGCCAGUAUGAUCUUCUAUCCGGCGAUGAGCACCAUUACUACCUGGUUCUUCCAGAAGAGGGCGUUCGCGUUUGGAAUCAUUGCUAGUGGGAGCUCGCUGGGAGGCGUGAUCUUUCCGAUUAUGAUCCAGCGCUUGAUUGUGGAGGUUGGAUUCGGUUGGGCUCUUCGAGUCGCAGGGUUUCUGAUCCUCUUCAUGAUGAUCAUCGCCAACUUGACCGUCAAGUCCCGAGUCCCACCUUUCAAAAAGCCGUGGAAUGUGAUGGAGUUCAUCCGACCACUUCAAGAAGUUCCCUUCGAUCUAGUCUCCAUUGGCUCCUUCCUCUUCUUCAUGGGCAUGUUCCUACCCAUCACCUUUAUCAUCCUCGAAGCCGAGCACUUCGGCAUGGCUCCAAGUCUGGCACAAUACCUCGUCGCCGUACUGAACGCGGCCAGUCUGUUUGGUAGGACAAUACCGGGGUAUGUUGCGGAUAAGAUUGGGAGAUUCAAUAUGAUGGUCAUCAUGUGUUUCUUCACUGCAAUCCUCAUCCUGGCGAUGUGGGUCCCGUCGACCGGCAAUGCACCCAUCAUUGUCUUCGCCGCCCUUUUCGGGUUUGGCAGUGGAGCCUUCGUCUCUCUAGCACCAUCCCUCAUCGCCCAGAUCUCUGACGUCCGUCAAAUCGGUGUGCGCACCGGCACACUUUUUGCCGUCAUAUCAGUAGCGGCACUCAUCUCGAAUCCAAUCGGUGGUGCACUCAUCACGCGAUGGCAUGGCAGUUACACUGGUCUGCAGAUAUAUGGUGGUGUAAUGACUCUUGCUGGAUCAGUGUUCAUCCUGGCUGCUCGGGUGAAGCUGGCAGGUUGGAAAGUAAUGACGAAGUAUUGA